AUGAUGAUAUGGAGACUGAAGAAGAAGUUAACUAUUUUACUAAUCAGUUGGGUUUCUGAGGCAAUAGCUAAGGGAAUCAAGGUCAGAAUGGGAAUGAUAAUCCUAAUCAUAAAGACAGGGAGCAAGAAAAAGGGAGAUGCAUCAAUGACAGAAAUGGGUUGUAUGUUCGUACAGGUCAUCAGAAAGCUGCCACAACUAGCUCAGAGUGGUAAGAUUUUAUCUGGCCCUGCUAUUAACAAACCUGUGAAUAUUGAGGAAGUUGUAAAUGAACCAGCAAAACAACACCCAGAGGAGUGUGAGAAACUAAGUAGUUCUAUUGACUUGUCAGAUAAGGAGAAAGAGAAGAAAGUGGUGUUGAAACCCAUGCCACGGCCACCACCUCUCUUUCCUCAAUGGUUGAGAAAGAAGGCGGAUGAUGCAAAGUUUAGUAAGUUCCUGGCCCUUGAGCAAAUGCCAGGGUAUGCAAAAUUUAUGAAAGAGCUUGUGACCAAGAAAAGGGCAGUGAGUUGCGAACUGGAAGCAGGCCUCCACCACUAUAGUGCUAUUUUCAUAGGGACCUUGACACAAAAGAAGUCGGAUCCAGGUGCAGUCACUAUUCCUUGCACAAUUGGAACUAUGAAAUUCACUAAAGCACUGUGUGAUCUAGGAGCAAGUGUUAACUUGAUGCCACUGACUAUCUAUAAAAAGUUGGGUUUGGAAAAUCCCACACCGACCAAUAUGAGGCUGGUAAUGGCUGACAGAUCAGUAAAGCAACCUAUUGGCAUUUUGUAUGAUGUGCUGUUCAAGGUCUCCAAAUUCAUAUUCCCUGCAGACUUCAUUAUUCUAUACUGUGAGGUGGACUUCGAGGUGCCCAUAAUUCUGGGUUGA